GCGUGACCGUUUUCUUUUCGAAGCACAGAGAAUAACGCACAGCAGCAGUGGCAGCAGUUGGUUCGCUGUGUGGCGCGUGGUCAUUUACCCACAACCACUUCUACCCUCAACUCUCCCCCCUCGCGAACCAGAGUCGCAGCCAUGAAGUUCCUUAUUGCCGCCGCCGUCUUGGCCCUGGCGGUUGCCUCUGCCCAAGGCACCCCCUAUCCCGAGUGCCCGAGUGAUGUGGUCGACCAAGCAAGCUGCGAAGCCAAGUGUCCGACGUGCAGCUUUUGUUCAUUUCAGCAGUUCAACGGUCAGAGCGCCUGCCACUGCGGCGAGCUCACGAACAACGAGCCAACGUACGCCUGCGAGCCGGCAUACAACGACGAUGAACCAAUGAACGACUCUCCGUCCUACCCCGAGUGCCCCAACACCAUCCUUGACCAGGCGAGCUGCGACGCACAGUGCCCGUCUUGCUUCUCGUGCUUCUACAUGGACACCCCUGCGGGCCCGACCUGUUUCUGCAUCAUGUCGCAGAACGACGCUGAUCCCGAGUUUGGCUGCCAACCAGUGUACUCCAUGGACGAUGACUUCUUUGGUGGCCAUGAUGAUGACAUCGCGUAUUCCGACCCUUGCCCGAGCAGCGUCGUUGACCAGAGCAGCUGCCGGGCUGCAAUGUGCCCGGAUGGAAGCUGCGAAUUCUGUGAAUUCAUGCCCAACUUCGGUUGCCUGUGCAGCGGCAAUAGCACCGAGGACGUGUCCGUCUGCUCCAUCGAUGCUCCCGCCGUUCACAUGAACCAGUGCCCCUCCACAAUCUCGGGCGCAGGGGACUGCUACACCGGGUGCCCCCACUGCGACUCCUGCACGUUUGUUGUUGGCCGAGGCUGCGCGUGCAGCAAGAACGAUGUCCUCAAGUUCACGUGCGGCGACGUGCCCGAGAGCGGCUUCGGUGAUGACGACUUUGGCGGCCUCUUCCCCGGCAUGGAUGCUGGCGCCUACCGCACCUUUGCAAUCGAAUUCCUCGUGACGCAGCUUGGCGCGCAGUGCCGUGAUCCCCUUAACAAGGCACUCACCACGGACCUCGUCAAGUGCUUGACCGAGGGUGAAGUCCCAGACUUUGAGUUCGACUUUGAGGACUCGGCGUCCAUUGACACUAUGUGUGGCAACCGCUGCAUCAGCCAGUUCUUCCGCGGUGUCUCAAUCCUCGAUGAAGCUGGUUGCCUCGCCGCUCUCCCGGCAGACGAUGACGACGACCUUGCGUCCUUUUUCGAAGAUGACCAGGACGACUACGACGACGGCGAUGAUGGCGACCUCAUUUCCGGCAUUGAGGACGUGCGCGAAUUCAUGCCGCUGGCAGGCGCCGUCUGCACCAAGUCCAGCAGCAACAAGCAGUACUGCGGCAAGAUGGUGCCCUACCUCGACCGAGCCUUGUCAAGCCCUGGCAACGUCACAGCGGAUGACUGCCGCGCCAUCAUUGGCUAUGGCGCAUGCCUCGGCACCUUCCGUGCUGCCGUUACCGAACACCCCACCCUGUUUAGUAGCGAUGAUGAUGACAACGGCAUUGACGCUGACAACUUUGUUGCCCAGCUCGAGAGCCUGUGCCGCGCCCAGAACGUGACGGGCAUCACGGAGGCCGCUUCUGCCACGGAGGCCCCCUCCUCCCUCGCCAGCAGCUCAGCCACGUCCGUGUCUGGCAUCGUUGCCUUUGUUGCUGCCGCCGUUGUCGCCGCACUCCUGGCCUAAGCGCCUGAGAAACCAACCCGUGUUUGUGUGUGUGUGAGUGUGUGUGUGUGUGUUUGUGUGUUUGUGUGCGUGUGUGUUGUUCAUCCUCCUAGAAGUGUCUGCAGCGGCUUUGUGCACUUGCCGCGAAGCACUGCUUGUUGAACGACAAAACUCCUACAAACGCCGUGGUGAAUGCACCCUUGCUUCCAUCUCACACCGCUUGCGCAAACCUCCUACCCAAUAAAUCUGUGUGCACCAGCUCAACCU